AUGGAAGACAAACGCAACAUCCAGAUCAUUGAGUGGGAACACCUGGACAAGAAGAAGUUCUACGUGUUUGGCGUGGCAAUGACUAUGAUGAUCCGGGUCAGCGUCUACCCGUUCACCCUCAUCCGCACUCGGCUGCAGGUUCAGAAAGGCAAGAGCCUCUACCAUGGGACCUUUGACGCCUUCAUUAAGAUCCUGCGAGCAGACGGUGUGACUGGCCUCUACCGGGGGUUCCUGGUCAACACCUUCACCCUCAUCUCGGGCCAGUGCUACGUCACCACGUACGAGCUCACCCGGAAGUUUGUAUCUGACUACAGCCAGAGCAACACGGUCAAAUCCCUUGUGGCCGGCGGCUCGGCCUCUCUCGUGGCCCAGAGCAUCACAGUGCCCAUUGACGUGGUCUCCCAGCACCUGAUGAUGCAGCGCAAGGGUGAGAAAGUGGGCCGCUUCCAAGUGCGAGGGAACCCGGAGGGACAAGGGGUAAUUGCCUUUGGCCAAACCAAGGACAUCAUCAAGCAGAUCCUGCGGGUUGAUGGGCUUCGAGGCUUCUACCGAGGCUAUGUGGCUUCACUGCUCACCUACAUCCCAAACAGCGCUGUCUGGUGGCCCUUCUAUCACUUCUACGCAGAGCAGCUCUCAUCGCUCUGUCCUAACGAGUGCCCUCACAUUGUGUUUCAAGCCAUCUCAGGGCCCCUGGCUGCAGCUACUGCCUCCAUCCUCACCAACCCCAUGGACGUCAUCCGAACCCGAGUGCAGGUUGAGGGCAAGAGCUCCAUUAUCUUGACCUUCAGACAGCUGAUGGCGGAAGAGGGACCCUGGGGCCUCAUGAAGGGGCUCUCGGCCAGAAUCAUCUCAGCCACGCCCUCUACCAUUGUCAUUGUGGUAGGCUAUGAGAGCCUCAAGAAACUGAGCCUCCGACCCGAGCUGGUGGACUCGAGACACUGGUAA